AUGGGUCUUUCUGAUCUCUUCUGUUGGCGACGACUACGCGAUAUAUCGCCAGACAGUGUUCGAGUGGUUGAAAGACAUUCUCGGCAGCGUCCCUCGCAUCGUCGCCAACGACGACAAACUUCACCACCCAAUUCCUCACAGGGCACAGUCCAAGUUCGUGAUACGCAUGCUCAUCCCUCCCAUCAGCGGCGACUAUCACGCCGCCAACAGAGAACUCGGCAGAGGAGACAGAGGGAAGGAAGUUGGAGGGAAAGGGAUCCACAAUCAGACUCAGAUGCGUACCAAACAAGUCUCUCCACCUACAAUGCAGACAGAGGUCAGCCAGGCACCCGCAUACCAGCUGAUAAUGAGAGCGGGAGGGAUUCGCAGUCAGGCUCAGACGUGUACCGGACAAAUAUCUCUAUCAACAUUGCAAACAGGAGUCGCCCUGCCUCCAGCGAGCCUGCUGAUAAUGAGAGGGAAAUCUCUGAUGCGCAUCAAUCGGGUUUUUCUGUCAACGAUCUACACAGCAACCAGCAGGCCUUCAGCGAGCUAAGUGCUAGCGAAAUGAGGAAUGGUUCACAAUUACACUCAGCAGAAUUCCAAGACAAUCUCUCACUCAGUCACUUGGGCAGCAGCCAGCAAGCGCCCAGCGACAUUUCUCAGAUCUUUCCCCUGGCACUAUCAGCAGUUCCGAUCCCAGAAGCCGACGAGGAGGUCACGAUCGAUAUCGCCGAUAUACCUAUUCCAACACCUCCCCCAUCAGAGUUUAUCUCGCAUCUCCACCAACACUCAGAGGACAGCACGUUCGAUUUGAUGCAACAGUACCUUUCUUACGAAGAGUCUCUGCGCAAAGUCUUUGCUAAUCCCCCAACGGGCGGGAAUAAUAUUGACGAUUUUGCUAACCUUAUUUCUAUCUACGACAAUCCACAUAUUCACAGCAUAACAACCGAUCGCGAUGAUGAUGUACUGAACAGCCGUUAUAUCAUGAAGCUCUAG